AUGGCGACCCCAAUGGAGCAGAACACUCGUGUUACCAACACGCUCGAGAACAACACCUUUGCCUCUGAUGGCAAGGCUGCUGCCAACCAUGCCGAGAACGCCAAGAUCAAUUCCAAGGCCGCCGUUCGCGAGGCCGGCGAGGCCAUCAAGUCUGGUGCCCGUGAGGCCCGUGACGAGGCCGGUAACCGUAUGGAGCAGGCCAAGGAGCAAGCUUCUGCACAGGCUCAGUCCAUGAAGAACUCCGUCGAGGCCAAGGCCGACUCGGUGGCCGACUCACUGAACCAGUCAUAUGAGAACGCCAAGGACAACGUCGUGGACGGAUACCAGUCCACCAAGCAGUCAAUCAACGAGAAGACCGAGCGCGCCAAGGUCGAGGCCAGCAACCAGGCCACGGCUGCCAAGGAAAGCAUCAAGGAGGGCGCCGAGCAGGUGCGCGACUACGCGGCCGAGAAGGCCGGCCAAGCCAAGGAAGCCAUUGAGCGCAACGCCUCCAAGGCCUCAGCCAAGGCCACUGAAAUCAAGGAAGAGGCCAAGGCCAAGGCCAUUGAUGCCAAGGACACCACCGUGGCCAAGGCCACUGAGAUGAAGGAGAGCGCCAAGAUCAAGGGCCAGGAGCUCAAGGAGGACGCCAUCGAGGCCAAGGAUCAGGCCAAGCAGGCCAUCCACGAGAAGGCGGCCACUCAGGACGCCAUCGAGCCCGAGAGCGCCGGCGCUGUCGUCAUGCCCCAGGAUUUGCGCGAGACACUCCAGGCGGCCAGCGAAGAGGAGCGUGCUGCUGCUCGCAACAAGCUGGCUGAGGCUCGUGAGGACCUGGCCUCGGCCCGCACGCACAUUCGUGUGGCCCAGGAGGCUCGUGAGCAGGCUUCUUUUGGCUCUACCAACGCUGAGGUCGCCACCGGUGUGACUGGCCCCACCUUGGACGAUCGUGCCGCCCCCGAAUUUACGGGCAACACCACUGACCCCUCAGUCCUGGACAAGGCCUCUGAGAAGGCGACCUACGCCAAGGAGUCCAUCAAGGAAUCGGCUCACAAUGCCAAGGAGGUGAUCAAGGACAAGGCUGAAGACAUUGAGGAGGCCAUCAUUGAUACCUACGAGUCGGCCCGUGACAAGCUCUCCAACGUGUCCUCGGCAACCGAGCCCGAGCAUAGCGAGGCCCAGGACAACAUGGUCGAGGCCAAGGAAGAAGCCCAGGAAGGUGGUCACAACGCCUUCGAGACUGUCCGCGAGGGCAUGUCCAACGCUGCCACCACCAUUUCAGAGGCCGUGUCGAGUGCCUACGAGCAUGCCAAGGAGGCCGUCAGUCACAUUGGCGCCGGUGCCGAUGAGGCUGGUGAAGAGGCCAAGGCGGCCGGUCAGGAGCUGAAGGAGGGUGCCAAGGAGGCUGGUGCAGAGGCCAAGAUGGCCUCCAAGGGCGCAUCAGCUGAGGCGCAAUACCACGGUGGCAACGCUGCCGAUGCUGCCUCGGACGCGGCAUCAGCUGAACGCGACGCCGUUACGGACGCUGUGUCAGCUCUGUAA